UGUCGAGCACGUUCGGGUAUUCGUGCGCGGUCGCAAUCAUUCGUGCGACGUCGGGGGUCGGGUGGCGGUGAGCGUGCGACACUGGGAAUAGGACUUGUCCAGUAAACGGCGUCGUAGAAAGUGAGCGAAAGUGAUACGGAGUGUCAUGAUAAAUUCGCGUGGACGCUCAUUUCUCGAUUCCUCGUUGGUGACUCGGUAGAACGAAACGGGGGGUUAAGGGAGAGGAUCCAGUUCGCGGGUAGAAGGUGUGCAACCGCGAGAGAAAAAGAGAGAGAGAGAGAGCGCGCGAGCGAGAGAGAAAGAGAGAGAGGGGUGAGAAGGAUCGAAUCAGUGUGGUUCGUGGGACGGCCAUAACUGGUGUCUGCCGUUCGGUCUCCGUUGGUGAUCAACGUAGCGAAAGGGCAGAUGCCCUUACGCGGUUCGCGCUCCCAUUGGCGGGUACUUGGCGCUGUAAAGCCCGGAUCGAGGUAUUCUGCUAGAUCCGGUGGUGUUAGUCGUGGCGCGUUCUCGUGCUCACUAAACUCGCGAAAUACAAGGACGAGCGGUCAGCCGCCCCCCGUGGGGGGCAAUCGUCUCGGAUACGACAGUCUUCGUCUGGUGAUCGGUGCUGGUGCUCCCUGUCGCGGUGAUCUCUGUCUGGCAGUAACGACGGAGGUAGCGCCGUCAACAACAACGGCGACAACGAGAACGAUAGCAGCGCCAUCAACAGCGCGGCCGCCAUCGCACCGAGAAGAAGUGGCAGCAGCACCACCGCCAGCACCAGCGACUAUUCCUUCGAGGAGAGAAAGACGAAGAAAUGCCCGUAGGUCCGCGAACGGCGACGCGAUUAAACAUGGAGGCCCCGUCCGGUUUGUAACACGGUGGCCAGGUCUCGUUUAAAACCGUACCGCCAAACGGAGCCUCUUGAGCGAGAGCGCUCCUCGAGUCGGGGCUACCUAAAAGUCGCCUUUCCUUGCUCCGUGCUACUUUUCUUCGCAAAGGUCCGCGAGCCUGGAGGAUGGAGCUGCGCGUUGGUAAUAAGUACCGGCUCGGACGGAAAAUCGGGAGUGGCUCAUUCGGCGAUAUUUAUCUAGGUACCAACAUCUCCACCGGCGAGGAAGUCGCCAUCAAGCUAGAAUGCAUAAAAACGCGGCAUCCACAGUUACACAUAGAAUCGAAGUUCUACAAGAUGAUGCAAGGAGGUGUUGGAAUACCUACCAUAAAAUGGUGUGGCUCAGAAGGUGACUAUAAUGUAAUGGUAAUGGAACUACUUGGUCCAUCUCUGGAAGAUCUGUUUAAUUUCUGUUCAAGAAGAUUUUCUUUAAAAACAGUGUUGCUUCUCGCCGAUCAGUUGAUAUCUAGAACGGACUACAUUCACAGUCGUAAUUUCAUCCAUCGAGACAUUAAGCCAGAUAAUUUCUUGAUGGGAUUAGGCAAGAAAGGAAAUCUCGUGUACAUUAUAGAUUUCGGGCUGGCUAAGAAAUAUCGCGAUGGUCGUACUCACAAACACAUACCCUACCGAGAGAACAAGAAUCUAACGGGAACAGCCAGAUACGCGAGCAUCAACACACAUUUGGGAAUUGAGCAAUCACGGCGAGACGACCUUGAAUCUCUAGGAUACGUUCUGAUGUACUUCAACAGGGGUAGUUUACCCUGGCAAGGUUUAAAAGCGGCUACUAAGAGACAAAAGUACGAACGUAUCUCAGAAAAAAAGAUGUCCACACCUGUCGAAGAACUGUGCAAGGGUUAUCCUGUAGAGUUCGCGUCGUAUCUGAGGUACUGUCGAGGUUUGCGUUUCGAGGAGAGGCCAGAUUACUCGUAUCUCCGACAACUGUUCCGGACGUUGUUCCACGGGCAGGGAUUCACCUAUGACUAUGUGUUUGAUUGGAACAUGUUGAAGUUUGGAAACGUGAGGCAACCGACGUUGCCGUCAGCGCAACAGGCACCGAUGCAUUCACAACAGACGAACACCGCGCUGCCCUCCGGGACCAAUAAUGAUCAGGAACAUCGAUCAAGGCCCUACACACGGCAGUGUCUAGCGAACGCGUCGGUGACGACGGUGGUGGGUCCGACCGUGGGUACACCCUCGAACCUGAGAAGCUUGCGGCCGAAACGUGAGGCGAUGGACGCGCUCCGCGAUCAGGACAAUCAGGAGAAGAUUGACCUGCAAGUGACUGGCGUGCCCGGCCCGGAACGAAGGGUCAGCAUGAGGCUGCACCGUAGGGAUGCAGCUGCAGCCGCAGGCGAGAUGCAGCCGAAGUCCAAGAAGCGCCAAUGCGACGGCAAUGGCCCCACCCAUCCGGAUGGGCAAGCUGCAAGGCAUAAAGCACAAGUGAAUCAGCAGCCGCAGCAGCAGCUCCAGCAGCAGCCAUAGCAGCAGAAGCAGCAGCAGCAGCAGCAGCAAUAGCAGGCUCGUCAUCAGCGUCGUCGUCUUCAGCAGUAACGUCAUCGUCAGUGUCAUCGGUACGGGGCAAGUGUCACUUGGCCAACGUGAUCUCGUGCGCCCCGCACGGUGAACCGUCUCCCAAUGGAGAAUCGACGAUCGAUUCGGACGAUCAAACCCGUUGUCGAUCCGUGGAACCCUCCGUUCGCUCUUCUCGAGGCUCUCGAGCGGUUCCAAUUGAUCCCGAGUGAUCCAGAAUAGUCUGGAACGGUCCCGCUGUCCACGGAAACCCUGAAGCUUCUCGCCGGAGGCGUUCGAAACGCUCGGACGGAUCGAUCUUGGACGGAGGAGGAUCGAAACCUGGAGGAUCUCGUCCCGUAUUGAAGAUAGAUCGCGGCUCGCCCGCCGGAAACCGAGGACAACGGGGGAGGACUUAGUGGGGACGAUCCAUGUCCACGUCGAUUUUUAGUAACUAUGAUUGUCGCUGAUCCUCCCAGGCUGAACUGUUGCCUAGCCGGGCUGGGAACCAGCCAGUGAACGAACUAAAAGCAGUCGGUUCGGUUGGCGGAGAAGGUUGCACGGCGUCCCGUGAGAUCCCUUCGCUUUCGCGAGUGUACAGUACGCGGCUUCGAUGAUGGUCCUUUGCACGUACGGUCUUGGUGAUCUAUGGACCGACCGGAAGGAUCGAAAUUUUCGUUCGAAUCUUUUCCAAGUUUUGCUAGUGGUCCUCGGAAGGAUUUUAGAGAUAGAAGAAAGAGGAGUCCUCGGGGGGAGGCUGGAUUUCCUCUUGUUGUCCUUGCAGGUUCAAUCAAAUCAAAGUCUCUUCGGGUACUCUGGGUUCCUCUGCGUUCGCGUAGUUGGCUGCCGCGAUAGUCGUAGAUUCUGUGUCCUCGUUGUUGUACGGUAUUCUAAUUUGUUCGGUUUAAUCCUUUGCCUGCCUGACGGAAAAGAACUCUGUAUCUUUGCAGCUUAUGUUUCUUUCAAAAUAGUCUGCGGAAACCACGAUGUACUAGCGUAGAAGUAUGUGGACAGGUGAAGCGGUUAAAUGGAGGUUAUCAUUUGGUUCGUUGUUGAUUGGUAAUCGUUUAGUUUGUUAUCUGGCUCCUCAGGGAAGUCUGGUUCUUAGAGGAUAAGGAUUAUGUGUACCGCGGGAGGGAACGUCGAGCGAACUUACGAGGUUGGAAAUAUUCUUUUUUAGGAGUUUGAUUCGUGCUGGUCGACGAGUGAAUUGAAGAGCCAGCGAACGUGUCGGGGACCCAGGGAUCGAUCGACUGUAAAAUAUGUAGCAUACCCGAUCAACCGUGACUUGUACAUAGAGAAAAUCGUGAAAAUCGAUGACCGGACGAAGCGUCUGAAACGUCGAUAGCGCUCGGAGCUGUGAAAUGUAACACGAAGGGAACGCGCGAGUAUCGAGACGAUCGGCGAUCGUGAUUACACUUCGGAUGAUCCCUAAAUACCAAGUAAAAGAGAACUAACGCGAGCGACCCCUCGGUUGUGAUAAACGCUCGCUUUUAUGAAUCGAUUAGCUCGACGAGCUCAUGGCGAAUCGAUUCCCGCUGCAGACCAACAUAAGUGUCCUGUAAUUUCGUAACACCGUUUGUUAGAUAGUAACAUAAAUAAAUUCGAACGCAUCUAUGAACAUGUCUAAUUCUAAGAAUGCAAUUGUGACUUACCGCGAAUGCGUAACUGUGAUGAACAAGAAGUCACUGACGGUCAAUUUGAAUCGAGCACUGUUUCUUCACUGCUUCGUCAGACUAACGCAAGAAAAUAUUACAUAUCCGAACGCAUUUGUGUUACAGCCUAAUAACAGAAUUCAUUGUGGAUCUCUUCCAAAAGCAUUUCAUUCAUUUGUAAUGACUUAUGUUCAAAGAGGUGUCCCGUCGAUUUUACCAAGGAUAAUGAGAUCGUUAACGGGUGUACUUGUCGAAUGUAAAAAGUGUGUGGUUUGCGGCAGUCGGUUCGCGAAAUGGUCGUUGUUCACCCUGAGAAGCAUCAAACAUGAGUCGCGCCAACAUCGAUCGAGCGUACUGUACAGUCCGUGACCGCGCGACCUUCGCAUUUCUCCACGCGUGAACCCGAUCCGCGUUUGAUCGGUUCGCUCGGGGAAGGGCGAUCGUUUAGCACGAUUUAAGGCUUCCCGUUCCAUCAGCACGCCUCUCCUCGACUUGUCGCGUCUUCUUCGGCCCCUCAUUUUUAUACGAUUAAGCCGUGCUCGGCGAAAGAUUGUAGGUGUUUAAUCACGUGUGGGUUUGGUCCUGUUCAUGGAACGAGGCGAUCGUAAUUUCACCGAAGAGAACGAUCCAACGAGACGCACCGAAUGGGAAACUGGGAUCACCUGCGAACAGCGCUGAACUCUGUCAAUUAUUGAUUCGCGUUAACGGCUCGGUUCUGUUCGCAGGCGUUCCCUGAAAACGAAAAGGAAACGCUGUGACUAUAAUAGAGGGGAAAUGUUUAGAAGUUUAGGGAAAUGACAGGAGCGAAGAGAGUCAGGACGAAGAGAUCGUUUGCGUACAGUAACCUAAAUGAGUUCUAGUUGGAAAUGAUCAUUGCUCUGAUUCGAUCGUGAAAUUGGAAAAUAUCGAGAGGUUCGAUCGGCACCGCGUUAUCAGCGGAUUGUACCGGAUUGCGCCUUCUCGUCGUUGUUGGGACUUAGUCCGGAUCGGUGUUUUUUCUUUUACUAUGUAGACAUGGUCCUGUAUAGGAUGAUUUUUUAAUCGGCGAAAGCGAUGUUGCUUGAUUGUAAAAUUGAGGCUUAAAGCUUUGAAAGGAUGGCUAUCGACGAACAGCGCCAAAUUCUGUUCUCAUUUUUACCGCCGGGACUUGGUUCUGUUCAAAAUUCUCUAUGAGCUCGAACUUAAAAGUAAUUGUAAAUUAGAAUUGAAUGUUAACGAGCGGCGAAGAUGUGACUGUAGGCAGGGUGGUUGCCUACGAACGCUAUUGGACUUGUAUUCUUUGUAAUUCCGAAGAAUUGAUUCUGUUUGUAAUUGUUUGUAAAAAGUGACGAAGGAAAUGCGUAUUGUAAUUUAAUCGAUUAUAAUGUUGAACGCUGUUGAACGCUACUCGGAAUUCAGAAACGACAGGCGUACUCGGGAAAACGGAUUGCCAAUGAACAGCACCAAACUCUAAUCUUCUCUGGCGUGUUAGGAAAGUCCCUCCGAAGUAUCUAUAAGUUCCAUUAAAAAUUCUCGUACCGAUUAAUCGAUCGACUAAGCUAAUAUAAAUAAGAAAUUAACGAAUUAGAUUUUUAUAUUUCUAUUAUUAUCUUUACUUUAUAUGUGGCAUAAAUAUAUAUACGGCGAUAUAUUUGAAAUUAUGUUUAGUUGAAUUUAAGGAAAUCUAUGCACGUCUCACUCAUAUUAUUUAAUUAUCGGAUACGCCCGACGAAGUGGCGGAAAGAUCGAGUGUUUUCCCUUGUAUAUUUUUUAAAGGAGUUUACUUGAAAACAAAAAAAAAUUAGACCCAUUCGUGUGUGUCAACGAUCAUGGUGACUAGCAUUCGGACUAGAGCCUGUCGUAAUGGGACUUUCCUAAUACUCUGUUCUCACAGUGUGUUCUGUGUGCGUGUCCCUCUUCGUCCCGUGUGCUUGUAUCUCGACUUACGUGUUCGUGUACGUGCGUAAUUUCGUGUGCUCAGACUAUGGAGACUCCGGGUGGAGGAGAGGAGAGAAAAAAGAGAGAGAGAGAGAGAGAGAGCGAGAGAGAAUGUGAAAGAAUGCGAGAGAGAGAGAAAGAGAGAGAGAGAGAGUGAGAGAGGUGAGAGAUUGCUCUCGGACUUGCGUUAAAAGCGAGCGAUAGACGUCGAAUUGAAUUUUGUAACUCGUGGCAACAAGAGAACUCGCUGUCCCCGGUUCCAACAAUAAUCGAAGCAAAAAGGAAACACGAACUGUGCAAUACAUUCUUUUCUAUGAGCCUUCGUUCGCAAUGAUAACAAAUUCUAAAACUAGCGUCUACGAUAUCGGUAGCUUUAAGUGUUUUGUAUCUACUUUCAGAAGGAAAAAAAAUAAUUAUCCGAUUAAGUAAA